CAAAUCUUAACCACUUCAAUAAUGUUAAUGUAACUUAUCUUAUUUUAUUUUAUUUUUAUCAUUUCCUAUCAACCAAAACGAAACCAUGAUGGAUAUGACUCCUAAAAUCGGUGGCAAAGAAGGACAAUCUCCUCCCAAUUCAAAGAAAACUUCCAAGAAACCCAAAUAUUCAAGAUUCUCACAACAAGAACUUCCUGCAUGGAAACCGAUUCUAACACCUGGAUGGGUUAUUGCCACAUUUACUGUGAUUGGAAUAAUUUUUGUCCCUGUUGGUCUUGCUUCAUUGUUUUCAUCAGAAAAGGUGGAGGAAGCUGUAUUCAGAUAUGAUGACACGUGUCUUUCUUCCUCUAAUGCUGAAAAUGCGUUGGCAUAUAUUAAAAGCGAUACCACUAACAAGACCUGCACCACCAAAUGGAUUGUUGAGCACAAAAUGCAAGCUCCUAUUUUUAUCUACUAUCAGCUUGAUAAUUACUAUCAAAAUCAUCGCAGAUAUGUGAAGAGUAGAAAUGACAAGCAAUUGGCAAAUAAGGCAUCUGAGGGGGAAACAAACAACUGUUAUCCUGAAGACAAGACAAAAGGCAAUGAGCCAAUUGUUCCUUGUGGCCUCAUUGCAUGGAGUAUGUUCAAUGACACCUACAAAUUUUCAAUGAACAACAAGGAUUUGACUGUUAACAAAAAGAACAUAGCAUGGGAGAGUGACAAAAGUUCUAAAUUUGGUCAUGAUGUUUAUCCAAAAAACUUUCAGGGUGGAGAAUUGAUUGGUGGUGCAAAACUCGACGAAAGCAUACCCUUGAGUGAACAAGAAGAUCUCAUAGUUUGGAUGAGAACAGCAGCAUUACCAACUUUCAGAAAACUAUAUGGGAAGAUAGAAUCUGAUCUUGAAGCUAAUGAUGUGAUAGACAUAGUAAUACAGAACAAUUAUAACACAUAUGAGUUUGGAGGUAAAAAGAGGCUUGUUCUCUCAACCACAACUUGGAUUGGUGGCAAAAAUCCCUUCUUGGGGAUGGCAUACCUUUCUGUUGGAGGAGUAUCCUUGUUAUGUGCCAUAGGAUUCAUUCUUCUUUAUGUCAUCAAGCCAAGACCUCUUGGAGAUCCAUCCUACUUGUCUUGGAACAGAAAUCCGGGGAUUUUAAAAUGAUGUGCUAUUAUUCUCAACUUUUUUUUUGACAAUUCACUAUUCUCUUGUCACUACUAGUUCUUUGUAGCAAAUAGAUUCAUUCUGAAAUUAGUUAUUUCUUUUUUUAUUA